AUGGCCCUACCUACGUCCUACACCGCCUUUAGGCGCACUGCUGGCGACGUUCCGAGAACCAUCGAACCAACUUCGGAGUCUCUGCCGCAAGACCUUCGCUCGAAUGACGUGCUUAUCAAAAUCCAUGCCGUCUCGCUCAACUACCGAGAUCUUGCAAUGCUGAUCGGAACUUACCCAGUGGAAGUCGAAGAACGGGGUGUCCCUUGCUCAGACUGCGCCGCCGAGGUCGUUGCCAUUGGGUCGGCCGUUGAAGACUUCCACAUCGGAGACCGGGUUUCGCCUAUAUUUGACGUUUCGAAUAUUACUGGAACCGAGAGCGCUCCCUCGAAGGCUCUUGGCGGUGAUAUGCCAGGCGUAUUGCGAGAAUAUGCAGUGUUUGAAGACCGGCUUUUGGUCCAUCUGCCUCAGUAUUUGACAUGGGAAGAGGCAUCCACGCUCACCUGUGCUGGAGUCACAGCUUGGGUGGCCCUCAACUCUCCUUCUGCAGUAUCCGGUCCCACCAGCGCCGUCUUGCAAGGCACGGGAGGCGUCAGUAUGUUCGCCCUCCUUAUCUGCCUCGCUGCGGGUAUCAAGCCCAUCAUUACAUCCUCGUCCGAUGCGAAGCUCGAAUCAAUCAAGAAGUUGAGCCCGGAAGUCCAUGGCAUCAACUAUAAAACCACGCAAGACCAAGCGCCCGAAGUCUUUCUUGCAACAGACGGCGAAGGCGUCGAUGUCAUUGUCAACAAUACCGGGGUAGCGUCCAUUCCUGAUGACCUGAAACUGUUGCGUACAAGGGGGGGCACCGUCUCCCUUGUCGGCUUUUUAGAUGGAUUCAAAGCUGACUGGAACCCGAAUGCCAUGGCGGCUAUAAUGGGCAAGGCCGCUAAAGUGAAGGGUAUUGCGGUUGGUUCGAAAGUGGAUUAUCAGCAUCUGAACGCAUUUCUUGAGCAGAAAAAUGUCUCCAUCGCCCCGAUCAUUGACCGCGUUUUCCCCUUUCAAGAGUCGAGGGCCGCUUUGGAUUACCUGCUCUCAGCAAAACAUGUUGGGAAGGUGAUCAUUAAGAUGUAG